AUGAAACGUACCACAUUUUUGAAGCAAAUAAAAGAUGGUCCAUUCAUAUAUCGUGAAGAUCUUGGAGGAUUGUGUUCAAUUUGUUGUGAAUUUGGCUAUGAAGUUUUUGAUGAUUUAAAGAAAUUGAUAAGUGUACAUAUAGUAGAUAAAUCAAAUCAGGAUUGUUUAUAUUCUAAAAUAGAUAUCAUUAAAUGGCAUUAUAAACGUGAAUAUGAGCUUGAAUUAGAAAUAAAUAAUGAUGGAACCAUACAGCACAACAAUUGCAUAAAUCAUUGUUUAACCUUUGCUUUUGGAAUAUGUACACAGCCACACACAACAAUAUGUUUAAAAUGUUCACAACUUUAUGAAUUUUUUCAUAACUAG